AUGGAGGGUAUUCAAACACACCCAUCGAAUGCGGCACAGGCUAAGGCCUUCACUGCACCCGGCUCUCUCUCCUUCCCUGGAGGUCAUGGGGAGCUCACGCCUCCGAAUGAUGCCAACGGCCAGCGGCCAGCCGCCAAUGGCGCUCCGCUGGGGUCUCAAGCCGCAAAUGGCACUGGGGUGACUCCCGCGACUCCAGCAGCAACGCCUGCCGCAACCCAGACUGGGAGUGGAUUGACACCGACGCUACAAAACAUCGUAGCGACCGUGAACCUGGAUUGCCGACUGGACCUGAAGACGAUUGCACUUCACGCCCGGAACGCAGAGUAUAACCCCAAGCGUUUCGCUGCUGUUAUUAUGCGUAUCCGUGAGCCAAAGACCACGGCUUUGAUCUUUGCCUCUGGCAAGAUGGUCGUCACCGGCGCCAAGUCUGAGGACGAUUCGAAGCUUGCGUCUCGGAAGUACGCUCGUAUUAUCCAGAAGCUCGGCUUCAACGCCAAGUUUACCGACUUCAAGAUUCAGAACAUCGUGGGCUCGUGCGACAUCAAAUUCCCCAUUCGGUUGGAGGGUCUUGCCUCGCGUCACCACAACUUCAGUUCCUACGAGCCUGAGUUGUUCCCUGGUCUUAUCUACCGCAUGAUCAAGCCUAAGAUCGUUCUUCUAAUCUUCGUCAGUGGCAAAAUUGUUCUGACUGGCGCCAAGGUGCGCGAGGAGAUAUAUCAAGCUUUCGAGAUGAUCUACCCUGUGCUGCAAGACUUCCGCAAAGUCUGA